CUUUGAAAAUAACCCAAAGGAUCUGGAAAAAUGGGGAAGUUUAGAUCUAAGUUGAAAGGUAAAACAAAAGGGAAGAGAUGGAACAAAGGUCAUUCUUCGGAUUCCAAUCCGAAGACUCAAAAAUACAGGGAAAUGGCAAAGUCCCGGUUCUUUCAAGAAAACCUCGGAAACACUGGCUUGACUCAGCAGGCGGUCUUAAAGCACGAUGCUAUGAUCACCUAUGGACACUCAAAGGGCAAACAAAAGUCCGAGGCUGAAGCAGAGCUGUCUAUCGCGAAGGAAUUUGAGAGUAUGUCAGUGAGAUCGGGCGAAGAUGACUCAGAAAGUCAGUACUCAGGUUCUAUGAGGUCUGGGUCUUUUAAGACUUUCCAGACGUUCGCUUCUGAUUGGAGCCAGUGCUCUAAUGUCAGCUUUAGCAAGCUGCUGAACAAGUUUGACAACAACAACUCUAUCCACAAGGAGAUGUUGGCCGUACUGGCGGCUGUUACUGAAGUGAUCAAAGAACAAGGCGGAGAGGAGACGUCUACGGAAUAUUUUGCAGCUUUGAUGGAAACACUAAAAGUAGCUGAAGACGACAACCUAGUAGCCACUCUAUCGCUCCUCUCCAUGGGCAUAAAGUCGGUCCCACAAGCCGUCCUCCGGAAACAGUUCUCCGAUUCUGCCACCACAUUCACCGAGAUCCUGGAGAAGCAUUCUCAGUCGGAGAAUGGGACGCUGUUACGGAGUGCUAUUGGGUGUUUGUCGGUGUUGCUCCGGGCUCAGGAGUAUGCGUCAUGGAGUGAUUCUUCUACGAUGAGGGUUUUUGACAAUGUGCUGGCAUUUGUGUUGCAUUCUAAACCUAAGGUACGAAAAGCGGGCCAGCACGCGGUAACAGCUAUUCUACGCGGAAGCUGUUUCAUGAUUCCUACUGACGAUGACCAAACUAAGGUUCCGAAAGUGCACCCAGCCGCUAACCGCGUGGCUGAGUUCUGUCAAUCACAGAUCCAGGCUGAAGCACUGCUCUCUGGACACAGGACUGUGCUACACACACUCACUAUGCUGAGGGAUGUGCUGCCUGUCUUCAGUAAGGAGUAUAUUAAGUCCGUCUGCGAAUCUAUUCUAUCCCUGAUGACACACAACAAUGUGUACAUCAAGACUUGCUGUCUCCACACGCUGCACGCGCUUUUCGCGGCCCCACCCGCCUCUUCUAACGCACCCGCUAGUCUCGCGGCCCAACUUACCAGGGCUUUGAUGGCGGCCCGUCCUCCAGCGAACGACACAGGACAAGUCUUGGCGUGGGCAGCGGUCAUGCAGCAAGGAUACGGAUGUUUGGCUGCACGCAUUGAUGGUCUGUGUGCCCGCGUGGAAGCGUUAGAGGCAAGGGCCCCUAAUGGGAUUGACUCUAACAACACAGAAUCAUCACUGAUGGAAACCAUUACUCAGUUAAAAAUGGAACUGAAUGACCGAGACCAAGGUCAACUGCUCAAUGACAUUGAGAUUUCUAAUGUACCGGAAGAGAACGGGGAAAAUACUGUACACAUUGUAACUACCUUAGGUCAGAAGCUUGGAGUCACGCUGUCGGAGCACGACAUCGUUGAUGCAACUCGCGUGGGUCGCGCUUCGCAGUUAAACGAUGGAGUCCAGGGCCCGCCGGCGCCGGCGCGCCCGCGGCUGCUGGUUGUGCGGCUGGCGCGCCGCGCCGUGCGCGACCGGCUGCUGCAGGCAGCGAGGGUGCGCCGCGGCGCCACUACGGAGGGCACCGGCCUGCCAUUGCCUAUCAGCCGUUUUUACAUCAACGAGCGUCUCACCGUCGUCAAUCGAAGGCUGUUUCAGAAAACGCGGCAGCUGAAGGACCAGCUCGGCUGGCGUUAUGCAUGGACCCGCGACGGAAAGAUCUACGUGCGCCAACGUCCUGGCUCGGAGUCUCCACGACAUCAGGUGCCUGCUAUAUGGAAGUCUGCCCUGGUCACCCCACUGCCUAAGGUGGAUAACCCUUCUGAACCUAAAGACCUAAGGCCAAUCAGCAUACUUCCUUUUUUGUCUAAAGUCUUGGAAAAGGCUGUUUAUGAGCAGUUCUACAAAUAUAUAGAAGACAAUAAUAUUCUACCUGACGUGCAAUCAGGGUUCCGCAAGGGAAUGGGAACGGCGAUUCUCCAUGACUGCGUAAAGCCGGCUGUGGAAUCCGAGUUGUUCAUCAAAUACAAGCCUCACGUGGAAAACAUCUUCAAGACCAUUGGCACUGGGCUGGACAACCCGUUCAAUCAGGCUAUCAAACAUGUUAUCAUGACUAUUGCUGUCUGUUUUGAGAUCGGAAACGAAAACGUAAUCUACAUCCUAGGACCCCUCCUUAAAAAGCUUAACGAACGGCGCGAGUCCCACAAUUUCCACAACGACAGAGAAGUGGAACAUGCCACAGGCUGCGCCGUCAAAUCUCUCGGCCCGGAGUUCGUCCUAACACACAUACCGCUAAGAAACGGACCAGAGAAUAUUAACUUAGAUCGAAGCUGGUUACUACCAGUUUUAAAAGAAAAAAUAUCACACUCAAACUUGAAAUUCUUCGCUACAGAAGUUUUAGAAAUGGCUACAUUCUGUCGUAAACGCGCUAGAGAAUGCGUUACAGAAAACAAUAUAGCGCUUUCACAUACGUUCGAUCUACUUUGCAAUCAAUUCUGGUCGUUACUACCUAGUUUCUGCAACAGCCCUAAAGAUGUGAAAGAUUCUUUUAAAGUCAUGGCUAGGGUUCUAGGUAAUGUUUUGAAGGAUAACCCUGAGUUCAGGUUGCCAGUGAUGCAAGGGCUGAGGAAGUUGAUAGCGAAUGCUGAUAACGACGAUGAUAAGACGGAGUUGGGGAGGUUCGCUAAGAAUUAUUUGCCGAUUUUGUUGAAUAUUUAUAUGUCGCCGGCUAAGGGGAGUAUGGCGGAGGGGCAGAGGUUGGCGGCUUUGGAGACUAUACAAGUGUACCUAACAAUAAGCGACCAAGCCCUCCGCGAGGAGCUCUUCAAAAACGCUCUCCAGCAACUAGAGACCUCGAAAGACAACCACUCCCAACGGGAGUCCAUACUCGACAUUGUUCGCUUACUCGUCUUGUACCAGAACAGCGGGCAGAUAGCUACGCUGUUCGACAAAUGGGUAUACCCACUAUGCGAAACAGUACUAGAAAAUCCUAAAAAACAGAAAAAAGCUAAAAAACAAAAGACGGAAGUCCAAUCCAUGGACGAAGACGAAAAACCGACAUUAAAAUAUAAAGAGAAAGUUAAAUUAGUAGAAAUGGAGCAUAAGAAAGCUUAUAGGAUUCUUGAAGAGAUAUUUAAGAGUGAAAAUGAGAGCUGUAAGGAGUUUUUGAAGAGUAAUAGUAAGAAGAUAAGGAAAUUGCUGAUGAAUUCGUUGAGUAAGGUCGCGGAUAGCAGUAAGGCGGCUAGAUUAAGAUGCAUAGAGCACCUUAUCAACUCAUCCCCCGGUCUGACGGCAGAGAGCAAGCUAUUAAAGAGCGCCGUGGCCGAAUCCGUCAUUUGCACGAGGGACAUCAACUCGAAGUGCCGACAGUGUGCUUUCAACCUCAUCAAUUGUAUCGGAGAUACGCUGAAGACACAGGAAGGAGGAAUGCGCAGAUUCCUAGACCUAAUUCUCUCUGGCCUCACCGCCCCUCUACCCCGCAUCGUCAGCGCCACUCUUCGGGCCCUCGCGUCAGCCCUAUUCCACCUAUCAGAAGACAUGUCUUUGGAAAUGGUGCAAGAGUUAUUGGAGACAGCGGCAGCUCAGAUUAUGUCAGGAAAUCGGGAAGUUGCCGCCGCUGCUCUGAGUUUUUUGAAGGUAUACACCAAAGUCCUGCCAACCGACGUCCUAGCCGGUUCUCUGCCCCUCAUCAUCAAAACCCUCUCCUGCAUGCCCGAAGAUUGCAAGCGGCAUUCCCGGCUAGAAAUAGGGUACUUCUUAACCAGGAUGAUCAGGAAAUAUGGUGCUGAUACUGUGGAGAAGCUUAUACCGCAGGAAGAUGAGGUUAUGUUCAGACGGCUGAGGAAUUUGAGGAAGCUGGAUAAUAGGAAGAAGAGGGUUAAGGAUAGUCAGAAGGACCAAGGUGACUCCGAAAAUGACCUUGACGAGAUCCGUGGCACAUCCAAGACCCUCGAAGACAUCCUCAAAGACUCUGACUCUGAAAUGGAACUCAUGGAAGAAGACGAGCGGCCUAAAGCCAAGUCGAAAGCCAAAGGGAAGAAGAGCCAAGCUUGGAUACAAGAUGAUCCUGAGAAUAUUGUGGACUUGGCUGAUGUUUCUGCUUCUAGGAAGAUUACAGCAACGGACCCGUCUCAAAAGAAGAAGCAGAUAGAAGUGAAACAGAAGAAGAAAGAUGGCGGUUUCAAAAUGGCGCCUGACGGACGGCUCAUCAUCACCGAUGAUGCGUUUGAGGGUGAUGACGAUGAUGAACCUGCUAGACCUAGCGGGGAAGUUGAUAGUGACACUGAUGAUACUGAUAAUGAAGAAAAGGACACAAAGUCGAAGUUACUCAAGUCAGGUACGAAGCGAAAGUUCGACGAUAUACUCAGCAUCAAGAGUGGAAGGUCGAAUAGGAGCAAAGCCUCCACUGUAGCCGUUGGAUCCAAGUACAAGGCUGGAGGAAAGGGUAUCCACAGACCGCUAGACUCAUCGGCAUCCAUGGCGUCUGGUGCGGGCACAGAAUACAGGUCUAAGAAGGCGAAGGGAGACGUCAAGAAGAAAGGAAAACAUGAUCCUUAUGCGUAUAUACCGUUGUCCAGGAAAAAUCUUAAUAAGAGAACAAAAGCGAUCACAUCGAAACAGUUCAAAGGCAUAGUCAAAGCGAAGAACAGAGGCGUCAAACCGAAACCUAAAGGAAAGAAGAAAUAACCUAAAGAUAAGCUUAGAUCAUUUUUGUAGAAAAUUAACCUUAUUAUCAAGUCACUGAAGUAUAAAAUAUACUUGAAAUUUCCUUAAGAACUUAUUAAUUUUGAUUUAGUUUCAACCUCGUAGGACCCAGGACAAUUUUUGUGCUGUUGAAUUUGGAACUUUAUUUCGUAGUUUAAAGGAUGUUUUUAAUUGUACCUUUAAAUGUACGAGGGCGCAAACGGUUUUUUCUACUCUCGGAGUGACAGAAAAAUACAUACAAUGAAUUAGAAACUAAUACUUGUUUAAAUAUGUAUGUAAGUAUAUAUUUUAAAACAACUGAUAUGUAAAACUGAUAGGUAAUAGUACAUUUCGAUGCAAGUGCGAUAAAAAGGAAGUUCGAAACGAGUGGCAAUAAAUUAAAACACGGCCGAAUUUUAAAUCAACACGAGUUACGAAUUUCACUUUCGCACGUAUACUCGUACGACGGUUUUCAGUACAGUACUCCGAUUUUUCGACCUGGCAUAUUAUAACGAACCACAUCUCUCACUAAAGCGUUAAAAAACACGUUCGUUCUACAAAAUAAAGAGAAGUGACAGGAUUGAGGAAUCAAUUGGAAAUCUUUUUCAAAGUGAUAAGAUCUAAUAUUGCUUGUAAAUGUUGACACAUGCAAUAAUACUGUUUAAAGCCUUUAAUAUGCUUAAUUUGAAACUUUGUUAAGUGUGAUAUCUUGGAUACUAUUCAUGUUAAUAAACUGAGACGUGAAA